AUGGAGUGUGAUCCCACGUCCAGCGCUAAGAAACCGGAUCCAAAUAGUCCCGAAUCGUAUUUGUAUUGCAAUCUCGAAGGGUCAUUUUCAAGGAGAAAAUGUCUCAAAGGAAAAAUAUUCAAUGCGAAAACAGUCAAAUGCGAAUCAAUUGUGAACAAUAGGACAAACGACGAUCCUUUUUCACAGCCGUUAUUUCAAGCCCCCGAUGAUCUUUGCGGGUCAGGAAUACCCUUGACAAUACUCUCUGCGCCCAUGGUCUGCAAUCCUGGCAUAAGCAGCUGUCCUGAUGGCUACGUAUGCCGUAUGUAUGAGCGUACUGGUACGUCUUAUUGUUGUCAAGGCUCCUCGCCACCGAUUGACAAAGACUUGUGCGGCCAGGGUCACGUAACUUAUUUUGAGACAACCGGUAAACCGCGCUCGUGUGUGUUGUCUUCAUCAUCGUCAUGCCCCCCUGGCUUUGGAUGUACUCUUGUUGGUGGAACAAUAACGAGAUGUUGUGGAAAAGACCUUGGUUGUCUAUCCAACUCAGCUGCGUUUCUCCAUCCAAAGACAAAAUUGCAUGUGGAGUGCUCGCCUUCUGACUCAUGUCAAAAUGGAUUUUCAUGCAUUCGUAGUAAGGUACUUCAAAAGCAUAUUUGCUGUUCAUCCUCUUCGGAUGAAUGGGGUAAGCCAGAUAUUAAGGUUCUUUCAAUUUCAAUAUUUGUUUCAUAUCUUUUGUUUGAAUUUUCCUCUCAGUAUUUAUCUUGCUGUUUUCCAGGUGUUUGCCCAGCCGGCGUGCCACUAGGUGGUGGACCAACAGUUUGUGGUAAGGACAACCCAUGCCAAGAUGGAUAUCAAUGUGUUACGACUGGUUCUUUUCAGUACUGUUGUCCGUCAAGAGAAAACGUUUGUUCGCUGUCUCGCAAUGGUGGCGUGGCUUGCGCUUCUACCCGCUCUUCCGUUAGUCGUUACUACUUUGAUGUGACAACUGGAUCAUGCCGAUCUUUUCAGUUUAGCCAGUGUGGAGGAAACGCCAACAACUUCAACAGUCUCGAAGAAUGUGAAGGAUUUUGUUUGGACACACAGUGUCAACAUGGGCAGGCAUAUCGAGUUGGAGCACUAAAUGCUAUCUGCAGUCUCACAGCUACAAAUGCCUGUCCCAAUUCUCAUUCAUGCAUGACUCCUGUCUUCGGACCAUCUGCAAUAUGCUGUCCUGUACCUGAGUUGACUUGUAAUGAGAUGGUGUCCGCUGGUACUCCAUGCUACGGUAGUUCAAUGACAGUUCAGAGAUUCUAUUUCAAUACAAAAACAAGAAAAUGCCAGGCGUUCCAAUACUACGGCUGUAAUGGCAAUGGAAACAAUUUUCCUAGUCUGAAAAGCUGCCACGAUCACUGCGUGCAUGAAGUAGAAACUGUUUGCGAUGGGCCAGCUGUCCUCAUGGAUCCGAAUCAGCAGCCACAACGUUGUUCCGGUGCCGUCCCAUGUCCAUCUGGAUACGCUUGCAAUCCAGAACACUACUGUUGUCCAUUUUCAGAAACAGCUUGUUCUGCUUCCUUAAGCAAAGGUGAUGUAUGCGAAGGUGUUCCACUCAGGACAAUGUGGUACUACGAUCAGAAACAAGCGAAGUGCAUUGAAUUUAGCUACAAUGGAUGCGGUGGAACAGCGAAUCGAUUCACUUCACGGAAAGCAUGUACCUCGACUUGUGUGAAUUCAUCACUCUCUGGAUCAUGUCCACGUGGAAUGUCUCCGGUUAUCGAGUAUGGCGAUACCACUGUCAAGGAGUGUACACUAAAUGUUAUGGGCACUUGUCCAUUCUCAGCUUCUUGUGUUCGUUCAACAACUAAUCAGCCGAUAUGUUGUCAGGCCGUUACAUCAUGUCCAAAUAACCGAAUCCCUUAUGUGAUUCCAGGGUCAACCUCUGUAGUUGCUUGCAAUAUCGAAACCGACGAAUGUCCAGCUGGCAACACAUGCGUUGAAUCAAGGUUCACUUUAGCAUUCAAUCAAAUUCUUUUUGCUUAUUACAUAAUGUUUAGUAUUUCACCAUGUCCAGCACAACUGACUACAAAUGGACAGACAUGCACAGUUAACGCCAUUGGUGAUUGCCCUCGUAACUACCUGUGUUUUCGUGAUGUUGGUUUUAAGCAUGGAUCAUGUUGUCGUACUGGACCACCUAGAUGCGCCAUUAAGCAAUACGUACCAGUAUUUUUGUCUGGCACACAGGUGCAAAUCUGUCAAGCUGAUCUUGGCGGUUGUCCACAAAACUCUCGAUGUAUUACUUCUAAUAUCCCGAAGGUAUCAAUCUGUUGUCAGCUUUAUGGAUCGUCUUCGGAGUUCAGAAGUGGAAGUAGUAAUAAAUUACGCAACGAAUUUCAGGUGAUGGCUCGUCCUCAUGCUCAAACUAAAUGUAGAAAUGGUGAUCGUCCUCUUGCUAGAGCAGGUGUCGUGUUUGGAUGCUCGUUCAUUCAAGAUGACUGUCCGGCUGGAUACAAGUGUGAGUUCUCGUCAACUGGUCAGGCUGUGUGCUGUGGUGAUUCGGAGUCGAUUCGUUGCCCUGUAGGUUCGUCCGCGUUUGAGUACGGUGGUCGACCGCUAGCAUGCCCUGCAGGGAGUACUAAAUGUCCUAACGGAUUCGCAUGCAUUCCUUCGAUGAAUCCACAAUAUCAUCUUUGCUGUUCCAUGGCGUCCUUCAUGAUGCAGGCACCUCCCCAGUGUUUGCGGGGAACGGCAUUUAUUGAUCUAGCACUGAAUCGACGACAGUUUUGUUCACCUUUACGAGAUUCCUGCCCGAUUGGAUACCACUGCAUGGAAUCUAACCAAGCCGGACAAUAUAUUUGCUGCUCACAGAGCGAUCUCAGUGAGCAAUUCAAAGGUUUUUGCCCACCAAACCAGAUACCGUACGUUUCGCGAGAAGGUUUUCCUCCUACUUGUCACAUGCAACUUAAUCCUUGUCCAACCACGGCUCCCUACAUUUGUAUUUAUUCGGCUAUGAAACAGGAUUCCUACUGUUGUGCACCCAUUGACUCAUCUUUUCCCAACAUUCCAAAUAUUUCUAUGGCAGCAUCGCCUAUGAAGGGCAUAACUCCUGAAAUUACGUCCGUUUCUGCUUCACAUCCCUAUGCUGGGAUGUCCCAAACAUUUCCAGGUGGACAGCUUCUGCCGCCUAUUGGUCCUAUAGGAAUCCCUGAUCGUAUUCCAGGGGUGAAUUUAGAGAAGAUUUUGCCUCCUGCACUGACACGAGUCCUUGGUCAGAUGCCCACUGGAAUUUUUGCUGGAAAUUCAAAUACAAACAACAUGCUAAGCAAUGCUUAUGGUGCAGUCCCUGGCGGGUGCCCAAUAGGCUCAAUGGCUCUCGUUCGAGUGGAUCACACUGUCGUGACAUGUGCUGAACAGUCCUGUCCCAUUGGGUUCAUGUGCCUUUUUGCGGAAAAGGAAAAUCGUUUCCAAUGCUGUUCCUUGUCUUCGACCAACACCGCAUUAACUAAAAGCGAUUCUUCCACCCAGAUCACUCCCAGCGAAAUUUCCACUGUAUGUCCACAAGGAUUCUUCCUUAUAGAUGGAAAAUGUUUGAAAGUAUUAUUCGCAGGCCAAAAGGGCUGUUUAUCUGAUAAGCAGUGCGUUGCUAGAGAACCAAAUGCAACUUGCGAUAAUGGCUAUUGUGUGUGUCCAGUAACGAAACCGCUCGUUCACGAUGGGAAAUGCGUUUCUGGUUGUCCAGAGGGUUUCGCAAACAUAGCUGGAAGGUGCUACGACCCAACAACAGUGAUAUUUAUGGAUUCAGUUGACGGAAGAGAAAAUGGCACAAUCGGCGGUUAUUGUUUGGAAACACUAGUCGAAGAAAAACGGUGUGUUGUGGAAAACAGUUACUGUAGCGAAAAGACUGUCACUUGCCAGUGUAAGGUAGGCUACAGUCUAGACAUGGAUUUCGACAACAAAGAAGAUAAACCAUUUUUUUCAGACAUGAAUUUAUCCGGUGUAGAACCAACAACGAAUUCAACGCUAGAUGAUGAUGAAGAAAUCGACAAGUAUCUCUUUCAAUCUGAUGAAUUCGUCACUUCCUUCACAUGA